AGCAUCGGUAUAUAAAGGUUAGUUAUAGAAUUUUCCAUUGUAAUAUUUACUUAAAAAGCUCAAGUAAUAAUUUUUUCUAAUCCCUUUUUUAAUGUUGUGCUCACUUUACUGUUAAUUUCACUUUUGAUUUGUAUUGACUUUACUACUGAUUUGUUUACAAAAGGCAUUCCCGCCAUAGCUUAUUAAGGUUUAACUUUCUUUUAAGGUUUUUGAGUAGUAAGAUUAAGAUAUGUGUAAACCUCCUUUAAUCUCAUUCUUUCUUUUAACUGUAGAAUUAUAGUUUUAUAUCUAAUUGGGCAAAAAUUCUGGGGCUUGGUGCAGAUAAAGGAAGCAAUUCAGCAGAUUUAGAGUAUGGAUGUGGCACAUUUCUAUCUGGACGGCAACACUGACGCUGUUGAGUUUUGUCCGCAUAGUCCUUAUUACCAUGUUUUGGCAGCCUCAACGUACACAUUACAUGAGGGUGAUCAACCCAGCCGAUUAGGGAGCAUUUCGCUCUUCACUAUUGACGCUGAAAAAUGUCUCCUUGAGACGUCUUAUUGUGUUGAAACCGCGGGAAUCUUUGAUAUAAAAUGGAACCCAACUGGGGGCAACUCUGGUCCUUUACUAGCUCAAGCUGAUGCCGAUGGUUUCUUGAGAAUUCAUGGUCUCUUGAGCAGUUCAGAUGGAUCGCAAAGAUUCUUAUUGGAAGAGAAAAAUAGUUUAAAGGUUUGUUCUUCAAUGUGCCUUUAUUUGGACUGGAAUUGUUCGGGAACAGACAUUACAGUGGGGCUUUCCGACGGUUCAGUGGCAAUAACCUCUCUUGCAGAGUCUCAUGUUGAGCUAAAACACAAAUGGAAAGCUCAUGAUUACGAACUGUGGACAACUUCCUUUGAUAACCACCAACCUCAUUUGGUGUACACUGGUUCUGAUGACUGCAAAUUCAGUGGCUGGGAUUUACGCGAGGGUACAUCCAAAGCAGCAUUUCAUAAUUCCAAGGCACAUAAAAUGGGUGUUUGUUGUAUUGCCAAGAGCCCCAAUGAUCCCAACACACUACUUACAGGAAGCUAUGAUGAGAACUUGAGGCAUUGGGAUGUAAGAUCAAUUUCGAGACCUGUGAAUGAAGUUUCUCUUGGUUUAGGAGGAGGAGUUUGGAGAAUAAAGCAUCACCCUUUUGUUCCAGGUUUCGUGUUGGCAGCUUGUAUGCAUAAUGGAUUUGCUAUUGUCAAUAUUAAAGGGGGUGAGUUUGAAGUAAUUGAAAGAUAUUCUAAGCACGAGUCACUUGCAUAUGGAGCUGAUUGGCAUAGAGAAGAACCUAUUCAUGGCGAAGAAAGCAAGAACUCGUUGGUCGCUACUUGCUCUUUUUAUGACCGACUUCUUAGGAUUUGGAGGCCUCAAAGUAAUCUUUACAUAUGAAAAAUGUCUCUUGGUACUUCUAUCAAGGUUAGUUAAAAACACAAUAAAAUGAUUCUAUCUAUGUAUCUGUACUUUCAUUUUGUGAAUUGUUUUUCUUUUGAUGCAUUAACUUUGAUCUUUUGUACUGAUUAUUGUGAAAGAAUCAAAUUCUGACUUUAUUUGAAUUCAGCAAUGACACCAAAUUUAGUCUUUUUAGCU